CGUUGAGAGUAAGUAACGGCAGAGGAGAUUAGUCUCACUGUGGCGGGAACCUUAAGCAAUUAGCAUCCUCAUUCAAACAAGAGUAAAUUUCUAUUUUGAAAUUAAGCCAGUUGACCCGCUUGGUUACCAUUCAUUCACUUCAUCAUCAACAUGGCCUGUGAGCAGCGAGUCCGAAAUAAUCAGAGUUCACAGAUGCUGCCACGGUUAGUGGCUACAGAGCAGCAGUCAUUAGUAGUUGUGAAGAAACUACUGGCAAUUGGUGUCUCCAGCAUCACUUACCUUCGAGGACUUUUCCCCGAAAAAGCCUACGGGUGCAAAUAUGUUGAAGAACAGAAAGUGAUGAUCCUUCGAGAGGAACGGACGUGCCCUGGUGCGAGUCAGAUCGUGCAGUGGUUGCAUGGAUGCUUCGAUGCACUUCAGAAGCGAUAUCUUCGUGUGAUUUUGUUAUCUAUGUACUCUGAUCCAGAAUACCCACAUAAAGUAACAGAAUGUUACCAGUUCCGAAUUCAAUACACUGAAAAAGGGCCUCAGCUGAAUUUGGAAAGCAAAAACCAGAAGCAUGUGACAAAGAUGGACUGCAACGAUAUAAAGAAAGCGAGCAUUUUGCUGGUGCGUAAGCUCUACACGCUGAUGCAGAACCUCGGCCCGCUCCCUGACAGCGUGUGUAUCAACAUGAAGCUCUCGUACUAUGAUGAUGUGACUCCACAUGACUACCAGCCGCCUGGCUUUAAAGAGGGCGAGAACAGCACGCUGGUGUUCGAGAAGGAACCUGUAAAUCUGACCAUGGGAGAAGUUGUCACACCUUUCCACACCCUCAGAGUGGACAUCACAACUGAGAGAGAGAGACUGGAACAGGUAGAUGAUGAUGAGCCGGUAUGUGCCAGAGAGAGAUGGGCAUUGAAAAUGAAUGAAGAAGAAAUUGAACCGGAGUCUGACAUGCAGCAAGAAUAUUUAGGCAAAGAAAAUGUUGUUAUUGACACCGGCAUUGAAAACUCAGACUUGAGCAAAGAGGAGAUGUUUUGUUCCCAAAUGAGUUCACAUCUCAUCCAGGAGGACAGCCUUGUGAAGAAUACAGUAGAACUCGAGGUGGCCACUAGGAAAACACGAAGCGGCCGAGUGAUCAAGAACUCGGAUGGAAAAGCUGAUGUAUUGGCGCCGUCCACAGGAAAGAAAGUGGUUUCUCAGUUUCGGUUUCCACUCAGUCAAGAUCCUCAGCCUGCUGCUCCAAAGAGGCGAAAGUUUAGUGUGCCUAAAGAAAACCAGUGACAGUUUGCUGCCCACUUACCAGUAUGACCAGAAGAGCUCAAUUAUAUUCCUUAGGCAUUAACAUACAUAAUAUAAUAAAUUACUCUAAACCAAAAA